UCGCUGCCGUUGCUGCUGAGCUGCGCUCUGCAUGGCGUCGACGCGUGGUCGAUGCGCACGGUGACGUCGUACCAGGCGCGCGUGGAGACGUACGCGCCCGUGUGGGACGCUGACCAGCAGGUUUUCGUGUCGGGCCUCCCAUCCAGCGGGAACUUCUCCUUCGACGAGCGCUACCGAGCCUCAAUGGACUCGAUCACCACCUCCAGCGUAGAGGGCGCGCUCAUGUACCUGCAGCGCGACUGCAUCGAUCAGGGAGCGGACCCGACGGCCAGCGGCUGCCACCGAAGGAACAACGUGAGCGUCAUCACGUUCCUCGAGGUGCAGAUCGUGCAGCCCAACGCUGCAUUGGCCGAGUACCAGGAGCAGCGCUGCAUGUACCCGGAGUUCUGCCCCUUUGUGGUGAUGCAGGACGGAGAGUGCGCCUAUGCUGACGCGCAGGACGACGGCUUGGCUAGUGACAGCAGUGGAUCGAGCAGAGACCACCCGCCAGAGUGCAAGCAAUUUAACGGACUCGACGGUCAGCCCGACAUCGGCCCGUGUGUGGGGGCACAGGCGUUCUCUGCAGAUAUGGUGGCCCCGUACCACGACACGGUGUGGUUCUCGUACCCGAAUAGCUGCGUGACGUCGAGUUGGACGAACGGCAAGAGCGACGUCUGUCGAGAGCAGCACAAGGGAGGACUGUGCCCCUUUGGGUGGCAGCCGGAUGGAGUGAAUUGCACGUUCUCGUACAAGAUUUUGGGCUAUUUGUCGAUCGAUCAAUUGGUGGGGAUCACGGCGAUCAAUGCUACCAGUACAUCUUCAGUGGAGAGUUCAACUUCGGGUUCUGGAUCGGAGGCGUCGGCGAUUGACAGCGUCCAGAAGGCCUCGACCAAGUACUACAAGAACUACAACGCGUUCUGCAAGGCUGGCAACGUCGAGUUCCACUCGUACGACCAGGACAAGACCCUCGGACUGAGCAACGUGACCAGCAUCCCGUUCUGGGAGGACCCAUCGUCUCUGGAGGCGAACUUCGCUCGCACGAGGCAGAUGAUCGCGCUGUAUAACGAGCUAGCGGACGAGAAGACGAACCACAUGCAGAAGCUGCCCACCGACCUGGAUGCUCUGCGAGAUAGCAACCCUCCCUGCUACGAGAACGCGGAGGUUUGCUACAACGCCCAGUUCGGCUGCCGGCGGCAUUCCUACGCGCAG